AUGGAGCAAUUGAAAACAAUCGGUAGGGAGCUCGCAAUGGGCUCCCAAGGGGGGUUCGGACAGUCUAAAGAAUUUCUGGACCUCGUAAAAUCAAUCGGUGAAACUAAUUCCAAAGCCGAAGAGGAUCGAAUAGUCCUCCAUGAGGUCGAAAGCCUAAAACGUCGAAUCGCCGAGCCUGAGAUCCAUAAAGGAAAGCUCAAAGAGUACAUAAUUCUCCUCGUUUACAUUGAGAUGCUAGGCCAUGAUGCCUCUUUUGGGUACAUACACGCUGUUAAAAUGACACACGACGAGAAUUUACUCAUGAAACGAACUGGGUAUUUGGCGGUGACACUGUUCUUGAACGAGGACCAUGAUUUGAUUAUAUUGAUUGUGAAUACGAUUCAGAAGGACUUGAAAUCAGACAAUUAUUUGGUGGUCUGUGCGGCUUUGAAUGCGGUGUGUAAGUUGAUCAAUGAGGAGACUGUUCCUGCAGUCUUGCCUCAGGUGGUUGAGCUCUUGAGGCACCCAAAAGAAGCAGUAAGGAAGAAGGCAGUAAUGGCGCUUCAUCGGUUUUAUCAGCGGUCGUCUUCUUCGGUUAUCCAUCUUGUCUCCAAUUUCCGAAAAAUGCUUUGUGAUAAUGAUCCAGGGGUUAUGGGUGCGGCACUUUGCCCUCUCUUUGAUCUUAUCACAAUUGAUGUAAAUUCUUAUAAGGAUUUAGUCAUCAGCUUUGUUAACAUUCUUAAGCAAGUAGCUGAACGUAGAUUGCCGAAGAGUUAUGAUUACCAUCAGAUGCCUGCUCCAUUCAUUCAGAUCAAGUUGCUAAAAAUUCUGGCCGUACUAGGGAAUGGUGACAAGCAGGCUAGCGAACACAUGUAUACUGUUGUGGGUGACACUAUGAGAAAGUGUGAUUCAACAAGUAAUGUAGGAAAUGCUGUUCUUUAUGAGUGCAUAUGCUGUGUUUCCUCUUUACAUCCAAACCCUAAAUUAUUAGAAUCUGCAGCUGAUGCAAUUUCCAAAUUUUUGAAGAUAAGUCCAGAAAUUGCUGAAAAACAUCAGCUGGCUGUUAUUGAUUGCUUCGAGGACCCAGAUGAUACGCUAAAGCGAAAAACCUUUGAGUUGCUGUAUAAAAUGACGAAGUCCUCCAACGUGGAAGUGAUUGUGGACCGUAUGAUUGACUACAUGAUAAGCACCAAUGACAAUCAUUACAAAACUGAAAUAGCAUCCAGAUGUGUUGAACUUGCGGAGCAAUUUGCGCCAAGCAACCAAUGGUUUAUUCAGACCAUGAAUAAAGUCUUCGAGCAUUCUGGGGAUUUAGUGAAUAUUAAGGUGGCACAUAACUUGAUGCGGUUAAUUGCAGAGGGAUUUGGAGAGGAUGAUGGUACUGCAGAUAAUCAGCUGAGAUUGUCUGCUGUGGAGUCAUAUUUGGCAUUGUUGGAGAGCCUAAACUUCCAUGCGCAUUUCUUCAAUUUUGAGUUUCAGGUCAUUUGUUGGGUCUUAGGGGAAUAUGGAACCGCUCAUGGGAGGUAUUCUGCCUCAUAUAUCUCUGGGAAGCUGUGUGAUGUGGCAGAGGCACAUUCAAGCGAUGACACUGUCAAGGCAUAUGCAGUAACAGCACUUCUGAAAAUUUACUCUUUUGAAAUAGCAGCUGGGAAAAAAUUGGAAAUGCUGCCAGAGUGCCAAUCCCUGAUUGAAGAAUUAUCCUUGUCCGACUCAACGGAUCUGCAGCAACGUGCUUAUGAACUUCAAGCAGUCGUUGGUUUGGAUGCUCAUGCUAUUGAGGAUAUAAUGCCACUGGAUGCAAGUUGUGAAGACAUUGAGCUUUGCAAACUUGUAACUAUCCGUCUACUUGACUUUCUUGUUAUGUUAGAUCGUUCUGGUAUACUGAGAGACAUCUAUAAAUUCUUGUUCCAGAUCAAUAAGAGCCUCCCACUUCUCAACAGUUACGUCCAACAGGCAUUGGGAAAGGGGGCUCAGCCCUAUAUUCCUGAGAGUGAGCGUUCUGGAAUCUUAAACGUCAGCAACUUUAGAAGCCAAGACCAUAAUGAAGCUUCAACACAUGCUCUUAAGUUUGAAGCCUAUGAGCGUCCAAAGCCCUCCUUGCCAUCAAGGACAACUCCUGUUGCUCUAGCAUCCUCAACUGAACUUGUUCCACUACCUGAGAUAUCUUAUCCUGGUGAGGUCCACCAAGCUGUAUCAAUGCCAUCUUUGGCUGGUACGAUGUCAUCAGAACUCAAGCUACAACUUGAUGAGGUUCAAAGGAAGUGGGGCAGGUCAGCGUACUCUCCUGAGCCAUCUACUUCGAACUCUGAUUCCCACAGGACUGUGAAUGGAGUGACACAUAAUGUGGCUGGCAGUGUAAACUCAACAUCACGUGAGAUUUCUUAUGGUUCAAGAAGGCUGGAAGUUGAGAUUUGUCCCGAAAAGCAGAAGCUUGCUGCUUCACUCUUUGGGGGUGCUUCAAAAUUGGAGAAAAGGCAAUUUUCUAGUAGCCAUAAGGUUUUAAAGACAAAUAGUCAUGCAGUGGACAAGUCUCAUGGAGCUGAGGUAGCAAUUUCUUCUGAAACUGCUUCAGUGCAGACAACUCCUCUGCAGCCACCUCCAGACUUGCUUGAUUUGGGUGAACCAAUUCUUAAUAGUAGUGCCGCAGCUGUGGAUCCAUUCAAGCAAUUGGAUGGUCUUCUUGAUCUAUCCCAAGAUACUUCAUCUCUAGAUUCUGGUGCUGCUGGUGCUAGCAAAGGGCCUGAUAUAAUGUCACUGUAUACAGAUAUGCCUACAAGCGGAGAGAAUGAUAGUGUUGCAAAUGCUCUUUCAAACACUAUUGAUGAUGCUUAUAUAAUUUCUGGCUUCUCAAAUGCUGCUAACAGAAUUGCUCAUGGAGGAAAUAUAAUCAGUCAACCGAAGCAUUUGAGGACAGGCUCAAAUCCUAAAGAUUCUUUGGAAAAGGAUGCACUUGUGAGGCAGAUGGGCGUGAAUCCUUCAAGUCAGAAUCCCAACCUGUUCAGAGACUUGCUUGGCUAAAAUAAAUGGAGUUUCUUUAUUUGGUGUGAAGUAUGAAUUGCAUUCUUUGAGAAUAUUGGUGUCUGAUCCUGGCACAGGUUCUCCAUCCACAUUGACAUAGUUGGUUAAUCUAAGAGAACAUGUGAUGAAGAAAAAACUUAACUCAGAGAUAGAAUAUGCAGAAGCGCCCAGAAUGGAGAGGUUCAAACCUCCAUCAGUAGCAUUAAAACCGGGUAUAGAUUUGAAUCUGUUGCAGGACAAUAUAAUUUUUGUAUAAAUAGGGUCAGAGCUGGUGAUGGGAGAGGGUUGGGGGCCUUGGGGCCUUUAGGCUUUGAAGCACUCCAGGGACUAUAGAAUUGAGUGCGUCCCUUCUUAAAAUAAUGUUGUACCUUUUCCCUUGUCCGAGAACCUGUUCUUGUUCAUUGAAUUUGAGGCAACAAGCUAUAUGGUUGUGCAAGGGAUGUUGAGUGAUUUUCAUAUGGUUCCAACUAGUUUUACUAUUCUUUGCCAUUUUGCCAUCAGC